AUGGCUUUGGUACCUCACCCCUCUCCUCCUGGUGUCCUGGGCUUGCAGCAUCCUCCUCAUUUUGGUCAAAUGAAUGGAGCUGCUCCUGUGGAUGCGCAUAUGCAGCGACAGAGGCUUCUGGCGCAGUUGAACGAAUCUACAUGGCAACGCAUUGGCUCGCUGAAUGAGUUACUUGGCGACCAUGAAGGGGCUUUAUUUGCAUAUGAGCAAGCUCUCCGACACAACCAAUGGUCACCACAGACUCUGAAUGCGAUAUCCUGUAUUCUGCGCACCAAGGAGAAAUAUCCAGAGGCCAUGGAGUAUCUUAAGAACAUACUCAAAGUAGAGCCCGCAAACGGUGAAGCCUGGGGGAACUUGGGACAUUGCUACUUGAUGAUGGACAACUUACAAGAAGCAUACACUGCCUACCAACAGGCUUUGUACUAUCUGCCAGAUCCCAAGGAGCCUAAGCUAUGGUAUGGAAUCGGCAUACUGUAUGACCGAUACGGUUCUUUGGAACAUGCAGAGGAAGCUUUCUCUCAAGUCAUGCGCAUGCAGCCUGACUUUGAGAAAGCCAAUGAGAUCUACUUUAGACUCGGGAUAAUCUACAAGCAGCAACAGAAGUUCCAACAGAGUCUUGAGUGCUUCAAGUACAUCGUCAAUGAUCCACCACGCCCGUUAAAUGAAGAAGACAUUUGGUUUCAGAUUGGACACGUUUAUGAGCAGCAGAAAGACUUCGAAGCUGCAAAGUCGGCAUAUCGCCGGGUGUUGGAAAGAGAUCCGAAACACGCCAAGGUCCUCCAACAGCUUGGUUGGUUGCAUCAUCAACAGAGCAACAGCUAUCAGAGCCAAGAGCAAGCCAUCGAGUACCUUGAACAGUCGGUCAGCUCAGACAACCAAGAUGCCCAGAGCUGGUACCUUUUGGGAAGAUGUUACAUGGCACAACAAAAAUUCCCCAAAGCAUACGAAGCCUAUCAACAGGCUGUGUACCGGGAUGGACGCAACCCUACGUUUUGGUGUUCCAUUGGUGUUCUGUACUACCAGAUCAACCAAUAUCGGGAUGCACUUGAUGCGUAUUCGCGCGCCAUUCGACUGAACCCAUACAUCUCCGAAGUCUGGUAUGAUCUUGGGACUUUGUAUGAGUCGUGCAACAACCAAACCUCUGAUGCCCUCGACGCAUACGCCAGAGCUGCAGAGCUGGAUCCUACCAACACCCAUAUCAAAGCUCGUCUCGCUCUUCUGAGAAGCGGUGCAGCCACUGGGCCCAACCAGCACAAUGCUCCAGUGCCUCAAGAUGUCCAUCCGCAGGCAUAUCAAAAUGGCGUUGGCGUUCCCCCAGGACCUCAAUGGGGUGCGCCCUCUUCCUCCAAUCAGCAAUCCCAACCGCCUCCAGUUGAUCCUGGCAGAGUGAGUGACUGGACAAGAGGCAUUGCGGGCAUACAGCAACCACCGCCACAACCGAAUGGCUUCGAAGGACGGGAGACUAUGAGGGCUCCACCGCCUCGUGCACCCAGCCCAAGACAAGAAGCCCCUCGACCCUAUGAUACAGCUCGCCAGACGCCGAGCAGGAAGAUGCAGUCCCCGUCGCCCAAGAUGCAGUCCUCAGUACCAGGGAUGUACCCUCCGGGCCCUCAAACCCUACCUCAGGUCAAUCUCCAAGAUCGGAACCCGGGCUUCAACAGUGGAGUUCGUCCAUCUCCCACCAUGAACGGAGCUCCCGCGCCUCACACCAAUGGUAAUAGUUCUGGGACCACACUGCCACCAUAUGGACGUCCUUUUAGUCCACCAGGUGAGCUGAGGCCUUUACGCGACGACCCUGCUCAGUCACCGGGAUCUACCUUCCGGCAACCACCGUAUCAUUCUGGAGGACCAUUCCCCAGCAUUGCGAAUGGUAUGCCUUCAGCCGCUCCGCCGCUCCCAGCUGCAGAUGGACCCCAACGUGACGAACGGCCGGCGUCAGCCAUGAAGCGAUCUCGCGAAUGGGAGGGCGAGCAAGGACCGUCCAAGAAACUUGCCAGCGACGAAACCCGUGCUCGGCUCGAUGAUCCCAGCCGACGAAACAGUCCCCCAGGUCGUCUGUCAACAACAAAGGAGCACUUCAGACGAAGCUCUUCAGAAGUUCGUCGCGAGAACGAGCGCCGCGCGAACGAGAACUAUCAUCCAUCCGAGGCGGCUCAUCAUCCUUUUAGCCUUCCUCCGCAACAAAUCCCUUCGAUGCAAUCAAUAUUGGACGGCCCGAAAGAAAUGCCCCAAGAGCACGUUGAGCAGGCAGCCCGCAAAGUAGAGGUUGACGAAGACUAUGACAACAACAGCGAAGAUGACAAGAGACCUGGCGCAGGACCGAACCUUGACAGUCCUCAAGUGGCUCCUCCUCCUCCGUCCGCAACGCCAAAGCCGGAACCAGCUGCAUGA